CGAUUACGGGUGUCUCCGUGGGUCCCCUUCUUUUUACGACUGCUGCCCAAAUAUACUCUUUUUAGCUCCAAACCCCUCCACACCCAUAAACACACACACUUUCUCUCUCUAAAUUUCCUCCAUUUUCCUCUCUCUGUCACUGCAUUUCAAUGGCUUCAACUCGUGAAGGUCACUACAGAGGAGUAAGAAAGCGUCCAUGGGGUCGUUACGCCGCUGAGAUACGCGACCCUUGGAAGAAAACUCGUGUUUGGUUAGGCACUUUCGACACCCCUGAAGAAGCCGCUCUCGCUUACGACGGCGCCGCCCGUUCUCUCCGCGGCGCUAAAGCAAAAACCAACUUCCCUCCUCCUCCGCCGCCGCCGCUACCGCCGCUCUCUUCCGCCGUCGCUCCUCCUCCACUUCCUCUCGACCUCAACCUUCCUUCUGAUCACCGCUGGACUUCGCCUUCCGGGCGUAGGCUUAUGAUUACUGAGUUUCUACAAGUCGGACCGCCACCGGUGACCGGUGUUGCUCCGGCAAAGGAGAAUGACGGUGACACCGCCUCCGCCGCCGCGAUGUAUUUUGGGAUAGUGAGACGUGGAUUGCCUAUUGACUUGAAUGAACCGCCGCCGUUGUGGCUGUGAGGCGGCGGACAAAUGACGUAGUAAAAUUCCUUUUUUUCGUUUUUUCUUUUUGUCAUUCUCUCUAUUUUCAAGCUUUUGAGAGAUGGGUAAUUAUUACCUAUGACUAUGAAGAACAGUAGGAAAAAAAAAAAAGAAGAAUGAAGAAGUUUCCUUGAGAUAUUUAUGUUAUUAUUAGGAGGAAACAUUAUUAUGUACAUAGCUUUUUAUCCUAAUUCUCUCAUCUUUUUGUAGCACGCUUAUCAUAAAACUGAAGUACAUGUGAGUACUUUCCCAUCUAA